AUGGGUUUGAUUGGAUACCGGUUACAAGAUGGUCAAAAGAAGUACUGUUUAUACGAUAGUUCAAUCCGUUCAGAUAUUCUAGCCGCCCACCCAGCUAAAUUCUCUCCCGAAGACGAAUUCUCUAAGUAUCGCAUCGAAUACAAGCAACAAACUAAACAACUAUUCAACAAUUCAGAUUCCAAUUCAGAUUAA